AAAAAAUAUUAUUGAGACAGCAAUCACUAACAGUAAUCGCAGUUAUAGACAUUUCAAUGAAUUUAAUAAAACUGUAGCCAUGGCUAUUUACAAAAAUUCACCUAAAACAUACAAAUAUUUAUCACAGCUAUUUCCUUUUCCUAGCAGCAGGACGCUGCUUAGAGCUGUAUUACCUAUGACUAUUGAUACAUGUAUAAAUAAAACUAUUUUAAAUAAUCUACAGGCGAGAACAAAAUAUCUAUCUGAUGAUGAAAAAAUAUGUGUUCUUGUGUUUAAUACUAUGGAACUUAAAAGAAGGUUAAUGUAUAAUGUUAAUUCUGAUAAAAUUGAUGGUUAUGAAGAUUUUGGUGGUGAUCAAAGAACCGGAAAUAUUGCGAGUUCCGUGCUUGUGACUAUGGUACAAGGGAUUCGAAAAAACUUUAAACUACCUAUUGCACAUUAUUUUUUUAAUGGAAAUAUGCCGAUCGAGAGAUUGGCUACUGUAAUUGAAAAUAACAUAAGAGCCAUUACUGAAAGUGGCUAUGAAGUUAUAGCUACAGUAUGUGAUCAUAGGUCUACAAAUAUGGCUGCCUUGAAUUUAUUAAAAACGUGGGGAAAUUCCCCAGAAUCUCAUUAUUUUUUUAUUGAUGAUAAGAAAAUUUUCAUAAUUUAUGAUGUCCCCCAUCUUUUAAAAUCUAUUAGAGAUAACUUCUAUCAAGCUGGAGAAAUGAUAAUAGAUAAUAAGAGAGGAAAAUGGGAGCAUUUACUAUUGGUUGAAAAAAUUAAUAAUAGUAUGCUUCAUUUUUAUAAAAUUACAAAAUCACACGUUAAACCUAACAUUAAGCCUAAUAUGAAGGUUAAUUGUGCAAUAGAAAUAUUAAGCAACACAGUGGCAGCAAUCUUAAAGUGUCUGUCUAUGAAUGUAGACUAUCGAGAAAAUAGUAUGGAGAUAUUGCAGACGGCACAUGUUAUUGAAUUCCUCGAUCGAUUAUUCGACUGCACUAAUGGUCCUAGUUCCAAAAGUGAUAUUAAAAAAAAUAUCCGAGAAAAUGUAAAAAAAAAUAGUUUUCAUCACACACUUUGGACUGAUUAUAAAAUAAAGUUAGGAUCUACGAAAUUUAUUAAUCCGAACGACCAGUAUACAUUCAAGAAUGCUGGCUGCAUAAAAGGAUAUAUAACGACAAUAUCAUCAUUACAAGAUAUUUGGAGUUAUUUGCAGUCUAAAAAUAUUAAAUUUUUAAAUCUACGUCGUUUAAAUAUGGAUGCAUUAGAAGAUUUAUUCACAAAAAUUAGGCAAUACGGUCCUCCAUUUAAUAAUCCUACGUGCUACCAAUUUAUUUCCGGUUUAAAAUCGACUUUAAUUACACAUCUCAGCUCCCCUCUAGGCCAAAUAAACGACCAAGACGAAGGGUAUAAGACUUUAAGUGAAUUCCAAAAAAUUAUUUUUCCUAAACAGGACAAAAUUACAAAUGGUAAAAAAAUAGCGGAAGAGAUGUCGGAAAUACAGAAAGUAUUUAAAGAUGUGGAUGUAGCGCCCACUGUUUUUUUAGGUGGUUAUUUGGCGUUAGCUCUUUCGAAAUAUGAAUCCUGCAAAGCGUGUAUCAAUUCACUAAAAGUCACUAGUCCCGAAUCAAACACUAUGUAUGAUUGUAAUUCAUUACGCGAAUGGUGGAAGGAUGAAAAUUCUCUAACGUAUCCUACCGAAGGCCUGUGUCGUACAGUAGACGAAGCUACAGAAGCGUUCGAGACUUUGGUACAGCCACAAAUUUACGUUAAAGAUGUAGUUGGUUUAUGUAAAAAUGAAAUUUCUAAACGGACGAUAGAUUUUUCAUGGUUAUGUGAACUGCAUAAAGAUAAAAUAUCCGAGGAAAUAAUACGACUUGUAAGUGUACUGUUCAUUCGGAACUAUUGUCAAAUAGCAAACAAAUUUUUAAUAGCCAGUACUCGUCCUCAUAAAAAAACAGAAAGAAAAAACAGUAAAGCAAUAGAAACUGAAUAUGUUGCAGAAAUAAACAUUCAUCAACAGCCGUUCAGCGAAUUCACUGUUUAUUUAGCGCCAGAUGGUCACGGUAAUUCAUAAAAAAGAAAAACAGAUCAGAUUUGGCAUUUUCGUGAUCACAUUUUUGUUAUGAAUCUUUAAGAUACAGAUUAAAGGGUACACUAGAAGAUGGCACGGAGUUUGAUAGUUCUAUCCCACGGGGUAAUCCCCUCACUUUUACUCUCGGCUCCGGUCAAGUCAUUAAAGGUUGGGACCAGGGCUUGAUUGGUAUGUGUGAA